AUGCUGUCGCUGAAGGCAUCCAGGGCGGACAAUUUUUACUACGGUAGUGUGGAGGACGAGGAAAUAAAGAAGAAGAAGCAAAAGGAGGAGAAAAAAAGGCAAAAAAGCAGAAAGGACUACAACGAAAUUAAAUUUGAAGUGCCAUACACCAUUAUAUGUACUAAAUGCAAAUCGUAUGUGUACAAAGGGGAGAGGUUCAACAGUGAGAGGAGACAAGUGGGCUUCUACUUAAGUACCCCCUUUUAUUCCUUUACCUUUACGUGCAAGAAAUGCCCGAAUGAAAUUGUAUUUGAAACCAACCCGAAGGACUGCUCAUAUGAUGUGAUAAAAGGGGCCAGAAAAAAAAACGAGCAGUUCGAAAAUGUCCUCACAGAACAGGGACGCAAUAAUGUGAAUUCCAUCGAUUUUGAAAAAAACAAAAAAAAAAAAACCAACCCGUUUCUGCUGUUAGAAGUUGAGGCCCUCCGCAAGAAGGGGCGCGAGGGAAAACAGAAUGCGCAGCAGGGGGGAGAAGAAGAAGCCACACACUGGGGGGAAAAAACAUUUCGUUCAGGUGAGGCACAGGAUAAACCUUCCAACCCUGACUCCUCUGCAGCAGGUGAACUCCCCGACGAUGAUGUGUCUAGUGAGGACGGAUCACAUGAGGAGGAGGACGACGACGACCCCACAAGCGAAGAACACAUCCAUGACGUUAUAAAGCAAAACUACCAACUAAACCAUAUAAUGAAAAAUGAUUUCUCCUGCAACAGCAACCUGAGAAAGCAAUUGAGGGACAUAAAGAAGGACAAAAUUCAGCAGCUGGAAGAACGCAAGAGGAAAAAUAUUUUUAUUGACAUCGUGCAAGGGGGGGACCCCCUCGAGGAGGUUCUCGUGAAGAAGUAUGUUCGCUUGGGGGAAAAAUUAAAGCGACGCAGAGGCGCCCAGGGAGAGGUUACCCAGGGAGAGGCUACCCAUGGAAAGGGCGUCCGGCUGAGUGAUCACCAAAGUAAGGACCCCCCGAUUAAACGCAAACUGGCCAAAAGUAACUUGAUAAAAAAAAAGAAGAGUAGCAUAUUUGACCAGAAGUACCUCAAGAGGGGGAAGUAG